CUGCAGUGAGUCCUCUACCCCGGCCGGCACGGAGCCGCUUUAUUCGCUUUGCACAGCAGCCACUCCUGGCUAUUGGUGACGCUCGCUUUGCUAUUCUCUUAGCUCCUCGUACUGGGAAAUGCGCCAGUGACCUGCCGCUACUAUUUAUUGACUACCUGCCCCCUAUAUACCUCCGUUUAAGAUGGCACGAGGGCCCCUAACAGGGCUUCUCCUCACCCUGUGCGUUACCGCUGCGGUACAAGCUGCGCCUUCUGAGAGGGUGAAAAGUCGCGGGCAGGCAGAAGCACAUACACCGGCACAGCAACAGCAAACUCUGCAACCGGUUGUGGCUGCGGACACCUCCACUCAGAGGGGCUGUUAUGAUAAUGGACUGUAUUAUAAUAUUGGACAGCAAUGGGAACGUACCUACUUGGGAAAUACUCUGAUGUGUACCUGCUAUGGUGGUGGAAGAGGCUUCAAUUGUGAGAGCAAACCAGAAGCUGAAGAAAGUUGCUUUGACAAGUACACUGGUGGAACAUAUCGUGUUGGGCAGACCUAUGAGCGACCCAAGGACAGCAUGAUCUGGGACUGUACUUGCAUUGGAGCUGGAAGAGGGAGGAUCAGUUGCACCAUUGCAAAUCGCUGUCAUGAGGGUGGACAGUCCUACAAGAUUGGAGACACUUGGCGCAGACCCCAUGAAACUGGAGGCUAUAUGUUAGAGUGUGUAUGCCUUGGUAAUGGCAAAGGAGAAUGGACCUGUAAACCAGUAGCUGAGAGAUGUUAUGAUAAUGCCGCUGGCACUUCUUACGUGGUGGGACAAACCUGGGAGAAGCCUUAUCAGGGAUGGAUGAUGGUGGACUGCACAUGCUUGGGAGAGGGGAACGGGCGCAUUACCUGUACUUCUAGAAACAGAUGUAAUGACCAGGACACCAGAACCUCAUACAGGAUUGGAGACACUUGGACUAAGACUGAUGCCAGAGGGAACCUGCUGCAGUGUAUUUGUACUGGCAAUGGCCGUGGGGAAUGGAAGUGUGAGAGACAUUCUGCCCUACAAACAUCUGGCGUCGUGGUUGAUACUGGCUUAAAAGCGCUCACACCUGUGGCAAGUGACCUGGAGCACUGUGUGACCGACAGUGGAGUCCUGUAUUCUGUGGGCAUGAAAUGGAUCAAAACGCAGGGCAGCCAGCAACAGGUCUGCACUUGCCUGGGCAAUGGAGUCAGCUGUGAGGAAACUGUUGCCGUUGGGACAUAUGGUGGCAAUUCUAACAGUGAGCCUUGUGCAAUCCCAUUCACUCAUGACGGUAAAACCUACUAUUCCUGUACAACCGAUGGCCGUCAGGAUGGAAAGCUCUGGUGUGCAACUUCCUCCAACUACGAUGAGGACAAGAAAUAUUCUUUCUGCACAGAACAGCGACUACUGGUUCAGACAAGAGGAGGUAAUUCAAACGGGGCCCUCUGUCACUUUCCUUUCCUGUACAACAACCGAAAUUACACAGACUGUACCUCAGAGGGACGUCGCGACAACAUGAAGUGGUGUGGAACUAGUUUCAACUAUGAUGUGGAGCAGAAAUUUGGCUUCUGUCCCAUGGCAGCGCAUGAAGAAAUCUGUACCACCAAUGAGGGCGUCAUGUACCGUGUUGGAGACCAAUGGGACAAAACGCAUCAACUAGGUCAUAUGAUGCGGUGUACAUGUGUCGGCAACGGCCGCGGGGAGUGGAACUGCGUUGCCUAUUCCCAGCUUAAAGAUCAAUGUAUUGUGGAUGGUGUCACCUAUGAUAUUAAUCAGUCUUUCAACAAAUAUCAUGAAGAAGGACACUUGAUGAACUGCACAUGUUUUGGUCAGGGACGUGGCAGAUGGAAGUGCGAUGCCGUGGAUCAAUGUCAAGAGACUGAAACACGAAGAUUCUUUCAGAUCGGGGAAUCUUGGGAGAAGAAUGUAAAUGGUGUCAGCUACCAGUGCUAUUGUUAUGGCAAUGGAAUUGGUGAAUGGCAUUGCCAACCUCGUUCCUACCCAGCUGGAACUGGACCUGUGCAGGUGAUCAUCACUGAGAGUGCCAACCACCCCAACUCGCACCCUAUUCAGUGGACUGCUCCUCAGCAAUCGCACAUCAAGCAGUACAUCCUGCGCUGGAAGCCUAAAAACAAACAAGGUAGUUGGAAACAAGCAACCAUUGCAGGACACCUUAAUUCCUACACAAUCUCUGGUUUGAAACCAGGAGUGAUGUAUGAGGGGCAACUUGUCAGCGUUCUUCAGUAUGGCCAGAGGGAGGUUACCCGAUUUGAUUUCACCACUACCUCCUCCACAUUAGGGGGUCCAACACAAACUGGAGAAACUACUCGUCUUCCACCACUGGUGUCAAUUUCAGAGUCUGUGACCGAGAUCACCUCUAGCAGUUUUGUGAUAUCCUGGGUCUCUGCAUCUGAUACAAUUUCUGGAUUCCGUGUUGAAUAUGAACUUAGUGAAGAAGGAGAUGAGAAGCGCUAUUUGGAUCUCCCCAAAACCGCUACAUCAGUCAACAUCCCAGACUUACUGCCUGGUCGUAAAUACAACAUCAAUGUGUACGAGAUCACCCAGGAGGGAGAGCAGAGCCUAAUCUUGUCCACAUCUCAGACAACUGCCCCCGACAGUCCUCCAGAGUAUAACAUUGUACAUGUCGAUGACACUUCUAUUGAAAUUAGCUGGACCAAACCUCAGGCUCCUAUCACAGGCUACAGAGUUAUCUACACUCCUACUGUAGAAGGUUCUAGCACAGAGCUUAUUCUUCCAGAUACAGCAACUUCAGUCACUCUCACUGACCUCUAUCCUGGAGUUGAAUACAACAUUACAAUUUAUGCUGUAGAAGACAGUCAAGAGAGCUCCCCUGUUCUGAUCCAAAAGGAAACCACAGGGACCCCGCAAACUGUGAUUGUUCCAUCACCCACUGAACUGCAGUUGCUUGAAGCAUCUGAUGUUAAGAUUGUAAUCUCAUGGAAUUCCCCACCAAGUGACGUUUCGGGGUACCGUGUUGUGGUGACACCAGGCGGUUCUCAAGGUCGUGAACCUUACACUUUACCAGUCAGCAGAAGCACCUUUGCAGAAGUUGUUGAUUUACAACCUGGAACCAACUACAGAUUUGAAGUGUACGCAGUCAAUCGUGGACAGGAGAGCAAGCCCCUUGUGGGAGAGUUUCCAACUAAAUUGGAUUCCCCAAGCGAUCUGAGGUUUGAGGACCUGACCGAAUCUUCGGUCCUUAUCGUUUGGACGGCUCCUCGUUCUAAGAUCAACCGCUACCUUCUUUCAGUGGGUCAAACCCGAGGAGGUCAGCCUACUCAGCUUCAAGUAAAUCCACCUGCAACAAGCUACAAAAUUAAAAACCUUCUCCCGGGAACAGAGUACACGGUCUCUCUGGUUGCUCUGAAGGAAAACCAGAGGAGUAACCCAACUAAUGGAAUAUUCUCAACCUUGGAACCCGUAGGUUCAAUCCCUCCAUACAACACAGAAGUUACAGAGACCACGAUAGUCAUUACUUGGACUCCUGUACCCAGGAUUGGAUUUAAGUUGGAUGUGCGUCCGAGCCAAGGCGGUGAAGCACCCAGAGAAGUUAUCUCUGAGUCUGGCAGCAUCGUAAUCUCUGGUCUUACCCCAGGUGUUGAGUACACCUACAGCAUCUCUAUUUUGAAGGAUGGUGAAGAGAGUGAAUCUCCAAUUACAAAGACUGUUGUGACACCUCUUUCCCCUCCAACAAACCUCCGUCUCCACCCAAGUCCAGAUUCUGUUACUUUGACCAUCUAUUGGGACAGAAGUACAUCUCCAGGCGUUACUGGAUACAGGAUAACCUCAGCUCCCACAGAUAGGCAGCUUGGCUACCCCACCGAGGAGGAUGUUGACGCAAGGCAGAGUUCUUUCACUUUUGAAAGCCUUAGUCCCGGUGUGGAAUAUAAUAUCAGCGUCUAUGCAAUUAAGGGAGAUGAGGAGAGUGUCCCCCUAUCCAAAAUAGUUACUCAAGAAAUUCCCCAGCUCACUGAUCUAAAGUUUGUCGAUGUAACUGACACAAGCAUUGAUCUGAGGUGGACUCCCAUUAAUUCCACCACCAUUAUUGGCUACCGAAUCACGGUGGUUGCUGCUGGAGAGUCUGUCCCCAUCUAUGAAGAAUUUGUGCACCCCUCUGAGGGGUAUUACAAGGUCUCAGGAUUGGAGCCCGGCAUUGACUAUGAGAUCAGCGUCAUAACCCUCAUUAGCGGCGGAGAGAGCACCCCGACCACACUCGUGCAACAAACCGCUGUGCCACCCCCAACUCAGUUGCGCUUCACCAAUACUGGUCCUGACACAAUGCGUGUCACUUGGGCUCCACCGACGUCCAUUGAGCUUUCCAGUUUCCUUGUGCGCUUCUUUCCAGUGAAGAAACCAGAUGAUGUCACUGAGCUGUCAAUUUCUCCAUCUGAUAGUAUGGUUGUGCUAACAAAUCUGCUGCCAUUUACGGAGUAUCGGGUCAACGUUCACUCUGUUUAUGAAGAAAGAGAGAGCACUGAACUUACUGGUGUGCACAGAACAACGUUGGACUCCCCAACUGGAAUUGACUUUUCUGAAAUCACCACCAACUCCUUUACUGUGCAUUGGAUUGCUCCCCGUGCCACCAUCACUGGCUACAAAGUCAAGUACCAGUUGGAGAGUGGAGCUGGGCGUCCUAGAGAGGAAAGAAUUCCACCAUCUCGCAACUCGAUCACCCUUACUAACCUCAUUCCAGGCUCUGAAUACAUUGUGAGCAUCACUGCGGUCAGUGGGCCUCAAGAUAGCUUACCACUUGUAGGACAACAGGCUACGGUGUCUGAUAUCCCAACUGAUCUAAAAGCAACGUCUUCUGCUCCCAAUACUAUUACCAUUACCUGGGAUGCACCUGCAGUGAAUGUGCGGUACUAUAGAAUUACUUCUUCUGAGACUGAUGGUCAUAGUCCAGUUCAGGAGUUCACAGUGCCUGGAUAUUCUAACACUGCAACGAUCAAUAACCUGAAACCAGGCGUUAGUUACACCAUUACUGUAUAUGCAGUCACUGGCCGAGGAGACAGUCCUGCCACCAGCAAACCUGUCACAAUUGUAUAUGCCACAGGUGUGGAACAGCCCACAGAGAUGAAGGUCACUGAGGUCCAGGAUGAAAGCAUCCAUGUACGAUGGACACCAUCUCCAGGCCAUGUCACUGGCUAUAGAGUUACUAGUGUGCCCAAAAGUGGGGAGGGUGAGACCAUUUCUCAAAUUGUACCAUCAGAUCAAACUGAGAUGACCAUUGUGGGACUUCAACCAACUGUUGAGUAUGUGGUCAGCGUGUAUGCCCAGGGUAUAAAUGGAGAGAGUGAACCCCUCGUCGAAACAGCCGUUACCAACGUUGACCGACCCAAGGGACUGACCUUCCCAGACGUGGGAGCUGAUUCAAUUAGAUUUACCUGGGAUGUCCCAGAGGGGCAGGUUACUGGUUACCGAGUGACCUACUCGAGCCCUGAGGAUGGAGUCAGAGAGUUGUUUCCUGCACCAGAGUCUGAUGAUGACGCUGCAGAAUUGCACGGUCUCAGGCCAGGCACAGAGUACACUGUGAGCAUCGUGGCAUUGCACGAUGACAUGGAAAGCAAGCCCCUCAUUGGAGUCCAGAGUACAGCAAUUCCUGCACCAACAAAUCUUCAGUUCUCUCAAGUGACACCAACUGGCCUUACAAUAAGCUGGCAUGCACCUAAUGUCCUACUUACUGGGUAUCGUGUGCGUGUGAGUCCAAAGGAUAAAACUGGGCCCAUGAAAGAGAUUGACCUCCCAGCUAGUACAACGGUCACCUCCAUUACUGGACUCAUGGUUGCUACCAAGUAUGAAGUCCAUGUGUAUGCAGUGAAAAAUGGGCUGACAAGUCUGCCACUGCAAGGAACAGUUUCUACCCUUGAAAACAUCAGUCCACCUCGUCGUCCACGUGUUACAGAUGUGACAGAAACGACAAUAACCCUUACCUGGCGCACCAAGACAGAAACCAUCACAGGCUUCCUGAUUGAAGCAGUACCUUCUGGAGGUCAGACUCCUAUUCAGAGGGUGAUCAAACCUGAUGUCAGAACCUACACAAUCACAGGACUGCAACCGGGAACAGACUACAAGGUCUACCUUUACACCUUAAAUGACAAUGCCCGCAGUUCCCCUGUCAUUGUAGAUGCAUCAACAGCUGUGGACAGCCCGUCCAAUCUGCGCUUCUUGACCAGCACACCCAACUCUCUCUUAUUCUCCUGGCAACCUCCUCGCUCCCGUAUUACAGGUUACAUUAUUAAGUAUGAGAGAGUUGGUGGAGUGCCUAAGGAACAUCUGCCCCGCCUUCCAGCAGGAACCACCGAGGCCACCAUCACUAACUUGGAGCCUGGUGUAGAAUACAUAAUCUACGUCAUUGCUGUCAGGAAUAACCAGAAGAGUGAGCCUCUUACUGGCCGGAAGAAGACAGACGAGCUCCCUGUAUUGGUUACCCUCCCUCACCCCGAUCAGGGCCCUGAAAUACUCGACGUACCCUCCGAAGCAGAGAAAACUCCCUUUGUUGCACAGAAAACGUUUGACAAUGGUAACGGUAUCCAACUUCCAGGCUCUGUCGGACCAUCCAGCUCUGCUCAUGAAGGACAGGUCAUUGAGGAACAUGGCUUUAGAAGUCCUGUUGUCCCCACCACUGCUUCCCCUGUGAGACCAGGUCAAUUUACUCCAGACAGGUAUCCGGAAGUAUUUGACAGAUACCAUAUCAACAGAGGAGACUUCGAUGGGCCUUAUCCUCAAGGCUUGCCACCUCAGAUCAAUGAUACUGGUGUACAGGAAGUGUCAUCACAAACCACAAUUUCAUGGAGACCUCUUCUGGAGACCACUGAAUAUGUAAUUUCUUGUCAUCCUGUGGGUGAGGAGGAAUCUCUUCCUAUUGAGUUUAGAGUUCCUGGGACAUCUUCCAGUGCCAGACUAAAUGGUCUCAGCCGUGGAGUCACUUACAAUAUAAUUGUGGAGGCACUUAAAGGAUCAGAUCGCCUCAAGGUCCUUGAGGAACUGGUGACCGUCAGUAAUUCUGAUGUUCCUGAUGGUGCAUUACAACCUGCUGAGGAUACCUGUUAUGAUACCUUCACUGGAUCAAAUUACGCAGUCGGGCAGGAGUGGGAACGUAUCUCCGAGUCUGGAUUUAAACUUUGGUGCAAGUGUCUAGGUUAUGGAAGUGGACACUUCAGAUGUGACUCCUCAAAAUGGUGCCAUGACAAUGGAAUCAACCACAGGAUUGGUGAGAAAUGGGACCGCCGUGGAGAGAACGGACAGAUGAUGAGCUGCACUUGUCUUGGAAAUGGAAAGGGCGAGUUCAAGUGUGAACCUCAUGAAGCUACUUGCUAUGAUGAUGGGAAGAUGUAUAAUGUUGGUGAGCAGUGGCAAAAGGAAUACCUGGGAGCCAUCUGCUCUUGCACAUGCUAUGGAGGACAACAGGGUUGGCGCUGUGAUAACUGCCGAAGACCAGGUGCAGCAGUUUCCCCUGACACCACCGGGCACACAGUUUCCCAAUACACACAAAAAUACCAGCAGAACUAUAAUGUGAAAUGUCCUAUUGAGUGCUUCCUUCCUCUGGGCCUGCAAGCAGACACACAUACUGAACAGACCAAGAACUGAGUCUCCUUACAACAGCGUUACGUGCAUUAUAGCUGACCUGGUGGAGCAGCAGAGUGGGGUGGAGGAGGCCGAACUCCCCCUCUGACUAACACAAAAGCUUCAACAUUCAUCUGAAGUACUUCCACGCCGUUCAGUAUUCAAUGAUUGUAAUUUUGUUUUUAUUUUGCUUACAUUGAUCUGGGAAACCAAAGAGAAAUGGCUAGUUUUUAAUACUGGGCAGUGUUACUGUUUUUGAUCCUUUUUAAGGAAAAAAAAAUCCUGUGUGAAAGAGGGGCUUUGUUUUGGCCCAUAUAACCCUGCAGUGUAUUGCUCUUGUCAAUGGGCUACAGGGUGGGUUGAUGUCAAUAGGUAAAUUAAAGGGCCGCAGGGACCAAUUCUGCUUUUUUUAAAAAUAUUACCAAUGCAGCGCCUACUGGCUGCUUCUGACACUGACGUCUCUUACUUUUGUGCACAUUUUUAAUUCCUUUUUCCGCACAAUCCUUACUAAUACCUGACCUUCCUUCAGUGUUAUUUAUCAAUGUCUACUGCAUCUUCAGAGGAUUCCUUCUACUUAACUAUGGAAAGUAAUUCUGAAACCUAGAAAAUGAUGGCAAUUGAAUCUGAUGUAAUUAUGGUUGGUGAUUUUUAUUUUUUAUUUUUUUGUUUUAUACUGUAUGUGCCAAGCUUUUACUACUGUGGAAAGAUGACUCUUCUUUUAAUAAAAAGAUCUUAAAAAUU